AAAUGUUCACUAAUGAAAUCUGCACUAGUUGAGACAGCCACAUCUGUUCUAGGUUAUGAACAGAGGAAACACCCUGACUGGUUUAGAGACAACAUGGAAGUCCGCGAGCCCUUACUUCAAAAGGGAAACAAUUUGUACUUCAAAUGGCUUGGUGCAAGCAAUGCUUUGGAUCAUCACAUGUAUGCAGAAGCUUGUGCAAAGGCAUGGUUGGCAGUUCAAACAGCAAAGAACAAAUGGUUUGUAGCAAUAGCUGAGGAGCCCCAAAAACCAAAGUUUGAUGGAAAGAUGUGGAAAUGCAUAACAGAAAUGCAGCGUGGUCGUAGUGGCCUUGCUCCAAUGAAAACUGCAAUAGCUGCAGAUGAUGAUGGUGUUCCAUGUGUCACGACCAGUGUACAGAAGCAGCAGUGUAGACACCAUUUUACAAAAGUAUUGAAUUUCAUUAGUAGCGUUGACGCUGUCGAAUUGGAAAAAAUUGAACAGAGACCAUAUUGA